UUUCAAAUAAAAACAAUUCUGGGAGACCUGUCUGGUUACAGUUAAUCUUGAUUUUUACAGGAACAGAGCAUAAAAAAGAUUUUUCCAGCAACUCAAACCUCUCCAGUAACGUUUGGACAAUGAGCAGCGUCAGUAAUUCGGUCUUCAGCGAGGUCCUACAGGAGGGAAAGCUGUGUGACGUUGUGAUCAGCGUUGAUAACGUUGAGUUUAAAGCCCACAAGAUCAUCCUCUGCGGCUGCAGCUCGUACUUUAGAAAUCUCUUCUGCAGUAAACCGUCAACAGUCUACAGUUUCUCCUCUGUGUCACCUAAUAUAUGGAGCCUCAUUCUCGAAUACGCCUACACCGGCUCUCUUGUGGUGACAGAGGAGAACGUGCUGGAGCUUUUGGCGGUAGCAAACCGCUUCGCAAUCAAGGGCAUCUUGAAGGCUAGCUCCGACUUUCUGGAGCAGAAGCUUUGUGUCAAGAACUGCAUCAGCACAUGGAUGUCUGCGGACCUCCACAACUGUUCUGACCUCAGCCAAAAGGCGUACCUCUACAUCCUGCAUCACUUUGAGGAGGUUGCAGGAUUCUCUAUGGAGUUCCCGCAGCUCUCUGUGCAACAGCUGUUGGAUUUCAUCGAGAAGGACGAGCUCAACGUGAGAGAGGAGAGCGCUGUGUUUGAGGCCGUCCUCCGCUGGAUCGAUCAUGCUCCUGAGGAGCGCAGAGGUCACAUAGCUUUGCUGCUAAGCAAGGUCCGCCUGCUUGUAAUGUCCACUGAGUCCUUGAUCGACACUGUGAGCAAGAACAAUCUGGUCAGAAAUAAUCGGUCAUGUCUGGCCAUGGUAAUCCACGUCAUGGAGACCCUGCAGGAGUCCAAUAUGGAGAGACCGCUGACCUACAUGCGCCUGCCCUAUAAUAUGCUAUUAGCUAUUGGAGGUUGGGCGAAGGAUUUUCCAACCGAAAGCAUCGAGGUAUACAACGUCCGAGCUGACCGCUGGGUGAGACUGACCAACAACGGGGAGUCUCCUCGAGCUUUCCACGGUUGCGUUUACCUAAAUGGAUUUGUCUAUUGUAUCGGAGGCUUUGACAAUUUUGACUAUUUAAGAAGCGUACGAAAACUCAGCCUCAUCACCCGCACCUGGCAAGAGGUGGGGCCGAUGCACUCAAUCCGAUGCUACGUCAGCGUGGCCGUGCUGAAUGGCUGCAUCUACGCCAUGGGAGGUUACGACAGAUACGGGCAACUCAACACUGCAGAACGAUACGAGCCUGACACCAACCAGUGGACUCUGAUCGCACCAAUGCACGACCAGAGGAGCAACGCCAAUGCUGCAACACUACAUGGCAAGAUAUACAUCUGUGGUGGUUUCAACGGGGAGGAACCUCUGUCAUCUGCAGAGUGCUACGACCCUCACAGCAACCAGUGGACGCUGAUCACUCCCAUGGACACUGGACUGAACGGGGCGGCCGUCAUCGCCUACAAAGACCUGAUCUAUGUAGCUGGCGGCUUCAACGGCUCCAGGUGUGUGAACAGUGUCGCUGCCUAUGACCCACUAUCGCACAACUGGCGCGCAAUGGCUCCCAUGAAAAAUUCACGCAGCAACUUUGGCAUCGCAGUGUUGGAAGACCAGCUGUACGUAGUCGGAGGCUUCGAAAAUUACGGCCCCACCUGCACCGUGGAGUGCUACGACGGAAAGACCAACAGGUGGAAAUCUGUCCAGCACAUGAAUCUGCCGUGCAGCACCCCCAGCUGCUGCGUGGUGGAGCGAAGUCCAUACUUCUCGUACCUGGAAUAACAAUCAGCUAUCAAAUCAACUUCAUGAAGAAAUAAAUGUGCUAAUUAAUGAAA